ACUAGAUCUCCCUCCCCAUUUUUUGUACUCAUUUCAAAUUUUAGAGCAAUUCCUAACCCCCCCCCCCCUCCUGUCUCUCUAUCUCCCAUACAUUCUCGCCUACCACACACAUCCACUCGUACUCUACUCUUUACAUUUUUCUGUCUCUGCUUGUGUCUUUUGUCGGCAGUAUCACUUUCAGUUUCUUUUCUUCUAAUAAUUGAGUUGCCCUUUUGAGAUUAUUACCAUUACUUGUAUGUAUAUAGAUGAUAUUUUGUUCAUUGGACAGUUGAAGAAUUGGAGCUGCUAAUUUGGGCUGAAGCUUUUAUUCCGUAUAUUGAGAUCUGACUUCUGCUUGUGAUAAAAAUGGGAAGUUCUGAGGAGAGAGUUGUUGCUGUGAUCAUGGUCGGUGGACCAACCAAAGGUACACGAUUCCGGCCAUUGUCAUUGAAUAUCCCAAAGCCACUCUUUCCAUUAGCGGGUCAGCCAAUGGUUCAUCAUCCGAUCGCUGCUUGUAAAAGGAUUCCAAACCUAGCGCAGAUCUACCUCGUUGGCUUCUAUGAGGAGCGUGAAUUUGCGAUAUAUGUAUCUUCAAUCUCGAAUGAACUUAGAAUUCCUGUCAGAUACCUGAAGGAGGACAAACCACAUGGUUCAGCUGGAGGACUUUACAACUUCAGGGAUCUGCUCAUGGAAGACAGCCCGUCACAUAUAUUUUUGCUGAACUGCGACGUUUGCUGCAGUUUUCCACUGCCUGAGAUGCUUGAGGCUCAUAGAAGGUAUGGUGGGAUGGGAACCAUUCUUGUCAGCAAGGUAUCUGCUGAGACAGCUAGUGAAUUUGGAGAACUGGUCGCUGACCCUGAUACCAAUGAACUGUUGCAUUACACAGAGAAACCUGAAACUUUUGUGAGUGACCGCAUCAACUGUGGUGUGUACGUAUUUACACCAGAUAUCUUCAAUGCUAUUCAAGGAGUAUCCAGCCAGAGGAAAGACAGAGCUAACCUAAGGCGUGUAUCCAGCUUUGAAGCUCUUCAGCCAGUAAAUAGGAGUCUUCCAACAGACUUUGUACGGCUGGAUCAAGAUAUUUUGACACCUCUUGCAGGGAAGAAGCAGCUAUAUACCUAUGAAACCAUGGAUUUCUGGGAACAAAUUAAAACACCAGGGAUGUCUCUGAAAUGCUCUGGUCUCUACCUGGCUCAAUAUAGAUCCACCUCACCACAUCUUUUGGCAAGUGGGGAUGGCUCAAAGACGGCAGCGAUCAGUGGUGAUGUUUAUAUCCAUCCAUCUGCUAAAGUUCAUCCAACUGCAAAGAUUGGUCCAAAUGUUUCGAUAUCUGCUAAUGCUCGUAUUGGAGCUGGUGCCAGGCUCAUCAGUUGUAUUAUUCUUGACGAUGUUGAAAUCAAGGAAAAUGGGGUUGUUAUUCAUGCGAUUGUUGGCUGGAAGUCUUCAGUUGGAAGAUGGUCAAGAGUCCAGGCAGCAGGAGACUACAAUGCGAAGCUCGGGGUCACAAUUCUUGGUGAAUCUGUCUCGGUUGAGGAUGAAGUAGUGGUAAUCAACAGCAUUGUACUGCCAAACAAGACUCUUAAUGUGAGUGUCCAAGAAGAGAUCAUACUUUAAAUGCAAUAAGAUGAAUUGGGCAGGGCUGUUUUACUCAUGCUACUGAGCCAUCUUUAUCCCCAUAGGCUUGUAUUACCAUUUUAUUUUAUGUAUUGUUUGUACUUUUGAGUGCAGAACAAUUUCUAGAUUACAGAUUACUCUUUAUUUGUAAUUUGCUAGUAAGAGACUGAAAUAAAUGAUUCUUUUCUUUCA